CUUGUCCCACAAUAAGGGAAGGGGCAAGAUCUAAAGUGAAGAGGAGUGCCCCUUCAUCUGAGCACAUGGCCUACAUGCCUGGAACACCAGGAGGACAAAACCGUUACAAACAAAUAUCUAAGCGGUCCACCUCGGGUGCACGAGGCAACAAGAAGCUAAAUAAAAAGAAGCAAGAAAACAAAGACCUUGAGCCUGUGACAGAGAUGUACAGGGAAAGAGAGAGGGAAGAACAGGGGGAGAGAGAAGACAAAGUCUACCCUGAGAACAAGGAAAGGGUGAUUGAAGAGGACAAGACAACUGAGGCACAGUGGGACAUGGAGGAAGAGGAUGGUGUGAUUGAGACCAAGGAAUACAGUUCAGGUGAUGGUGAUGAGGAGACGGGCAGUGAGGAGAUAGAGGAAGAAUUUGAGCUAGAGAGGGAGAGAGAGAGACAGGAGAUGGAAAAAGAAAGGAUUGAACUGGAACGAGAAAGAGAAGUAGAACUGGAAAAGGAGGAGAGAGCUAGAGAGGGAGACAGAGACAAAAAAUGGAAUGGGAGAGACAGAGAAAAGAUGGAGAGAGCGAGGAUGGGAGAGACAGACGGAGAAGAAGACAUGGGGCCCCAUAUUUCCCACUGUGAUCACCUGAAGGGACCUCCAGGUGAAAAUGGAAAGCCAGGCCCUAAGGAAGCCAAAGGCACUGUCGGAGGUAAGGGGCCUCCAGGUCUCAUGGGUCCUAAAGGCAUAACAGCUAUGAAAGGAGAAAAGGGUGACAAAGGUGUGCCUGGUCACAGAGGAGACAAGGGUAGUCCUCUCUCCAUGCCAGGACCCAGAGGAUAUAAGGGUCUAAAAGGAGAGCCAGUGAGGGUGAACGUGGGCUUCCAGGAUUUGUUGGAGAUGAAGGAGAGAAGGGUGAAGAUGGUCCACCUGGUGCAAAGGGUGAGACAGGAGAGCCUGGUUUACCUGGAGAUACAGGAAUUAAAGGGCUUUUGAGGUUUCCCUGGUCGAAAAGGGAGUCCAGGACUGGAUGGAGAACAGGGUGAUUCUGGGGACCCUGGCAGGCCU